AUGGAUCGGGAUGCGCCGCAGCUACCGCACAGCCAGCUGAUCGGGUGCUUUGUGCGCGCGAUCAACGAUCAAGCGAUGCGGGACAGUUUUGGUGUGUGCUUUCUGCACGUGCUGAACAAGUUCGUGCUGUGCUCCAAGUGGUGCCUAACGCCGGUGAGCUACGAGCACUGGAAAGAAAUUCUUGACUGCUGUUUAGUGAUGCUGGAUACAGCGCACGUACCAAAGCACUUGGCGGCCAACUGUCUCUCGCUGGCUGUGGUGAAAUUUUUAGCCAACUGCUCGAUGCAAACACUGCUGGCGGACUAUUUGAGCCGGCUGAUUGUCCACCUGCGCCAGGCGGUAAACGAGAAGAAAAGUAACGUUUUAUGCGAUCUGAUAAACAUAGCUUUGUACAUAACAGAAGCGAUAGCGGUGGAUUGUAAGGCGAAGAUCAUUGCAUUCUUGGAGUCGCUCGUUCCAUGCACGGUGAAACUUUACAAGGAAGCAAACUUGCGCAAGGAACAGAAAGUGUCACUGUUCCGGUUGAUGCAUCUGUCGCUGAUAAUGUUGUACCCGGGAGGAAAAUCUCAUACCCUUGCCAAACCACUGACCCGAGGCGGUUUGCAGCAGGUCGAGGACGAUGAAGCGCGAAGGAAAACGUUGCGCGAAUAUCAUUACAUACUGACGAGUGAAAUGAAGGCACGGGAUCAGAGUUCGUUCUUUGGCUCGAAUGAGGCCCCUUUUGCUGAUGGUUUCAUUGACUUUGCCGCCCGGUUGUGUUAUACGGUGUACUGGAACGAGGAUAAUUGGAAGGAAUCUAGCGGCGAAGAAACGGCCGCAAAGCGAAACAAACAGUUUAACAAACUGCAAAGCAUCAUGGAGAUGGUCGACAGAUAUGAGGCAGCACUUACUAGCGACGACUAUGCGCAACUGUUGCAACUGUUGUGCAAUGUGCAACCGAGCCUACAAUCGCCGCACGAGCAUGAUGCUUUCUACCAGUGCUGUUCCGUGCUGCUCGCGUUCGAACAAAAGUCAACCCAUCGAUCGUUGAACACAGCGGCGGCCAGCGGUGAAUCGAUUGGCGAGCUUUGGGCCAAAAUGAUAGCCGCUGCGUUCCGUGCCUGCACCAACACCGCCGCAAGAACGUGCGCUAAAUCCAAUCUCCUGCUGCAGCUAUUGAUUCGCCAUCGAAAGUAUCCGAACGUCGGCUUUCUAAACAGCACCGUGCUGGAAGCCUUUUACACCUAUGCCGUGGAGAAGACGAACCUUAACGUCGGCACGGUGCUGUCCAUCCUGGAGACGGUGGGCAACGCCGAGUGUCUCGGCAGUGUCGACGGUGUGCUGACCAAGCUGCUCAACUAUCUCUAUCCGCAGACGCGCGAAACACAGUCGAAAGCGAUACUACACGCAAAGGAGCGGCUGAGCGCAAAGACGCUGGCACGCAUUUCGAUCCUUUGCGUGGUGACUACAUGUUGCGCAAUGGAUGAGACAGAGCGGCACACACACGCCGGAGUGCACGAUACCUUUUACCGGGAGCGAGACGGGCAGUUGCAAACGCUCGAGCAAAGACUUCGCUACCAUAGUUUAGAGGAAUUGCUAGCGUUGGAGCAGCACAAAAAGGAAGGGAUUGAUGCGGAAUCACCCCAAGGCAGCGCACGAAUCUCUUACAACAUAAACGAACCACUGUUUUUGCGCCUGUGUGAGGUAGUAAGCUUCGACAAGCAUAUCCUGCCCGAUGGGAAUUAUUUUCUAGCCGAUGGAUUGGCAUGCAUCUGCGACGAUUUGGAGUUGUACCUGGAGAUGCUCAACAUUUUGCAGCUGCACGCCGCGUACGAUGAGCAGCAGUGCACCAGGAGCCCACUGUACAAAAAGGUUCUGCUCAAGUUCGACCUACUAAACGGUGGAUUUGAGCGGCUGUUGAAAAACGAUGCGGCCUCCACGCUAAAUCUCAUCAAAACCAGGAACCUUGCCGAGCGAUUGUUGGCCAUCUUUCGUGUCCCUUACCAUCCGUCGGUAAGGAAGCUGCUGCAGCAAACCGAACACACGUUCAUUAUGCGAUGGGCAAUCGGGCAGAUCAGUCUGAAGGAGGGGGAGGAUUCGCAGUGCGUGACCGUGUUGCAGCCGGAUAAACUGGCCACGGAAGAGCAAAUGCAGCGAUGUUUCCUCCACGUCGUAGCGGAAUAUCUGCAGUACGAAGGGCCAAGCCUGAACGAGGCUCACGAGCUGCUGGAUCGGUUGGAACUGAAUGUGUUCAGCAGUUUGGAUUUGUUCUAUCUGUUUGAUCUGUGUCGAAUACUGCUGGCGCAAACUUCCCAUGAGGUGGUGGCCGUAUGGGUACUGAGAAACCUGGUAGAUGUGUGCAAAAACCACUACACCAAUCCUGACAUUACGGAGCAGAUUAUCGAUCUGUACGGUGCUUUAACCGCCUUCGUGAGCCCGUACGAAGACAUGAUCCGCAACGUAACGAUCGUGCUGUACUCGUUCGUAAAACAGUGCGCCAAACACACGUACUCUACCGAGCUGCAGGUGAAGAUACUGGCGCAGGUGAAGUAUCUGCUCCGCGCUUACCCGCAGCACAUCCGUACGCCAACGCACGAGAGCAUCUACAACGGAUUGGUGCCGUUGCUGAGCAGCCCAAGCUAUCGCAUCAAGCUGGAAGCGGUCAGGAAUAUUCUGCACUUCAUGCAGCUCGAAUGGUCACAUCCUGACCUUUCUUCGGUUCCGUGCAGCUUUUACGAGUUUCAGCUGCAACUGUACGAUCAAAUUCAGUUCGAGGAGCUACUAGCGACCGACGGUGGGAUGGACAUGAACGAUGAGAGAAUGAACGUGAUUAGCGGCUGCCUUCAGCUGCUGUUGGGCAUCUUUCGCAUUAGCUUCAUGCUGCGUCGGCGCGCGUUGUGCGAUUUUGUGCUGCUCGUUCAGUUGGGAAGCGUAAACGAUGACAAAAUGGCAAACACCAUACGGCUUAUGCGCACCUCCAGCGAUAUCGACUUCUGCCAGCUGCUUCAAGCUAACCUGGACACCGUACUCGAGCUAUGGCUAACCAAAGGGAAUCGGUUGCUGCAUUUCCCGUUCCGUCUAGCGGGAAAGAUCGCCACGAUCGAAGAGUUUAUCCAACUGUUCAAGAAAAACAUUUCCUUCGUCAUACUCUGCAUGCAGCCGGAACGGUUCGAACAGUUCUGCAAAUCGAUUGGCGUACAGCAGGCAGAAAUGGUGAAGAGUAUACUGCCGAAAUGUGUUUCGUUCCUUCUGCCCAAGUACGCCAAAUGUGAAGGGAUGGCGCCCAAGUAUGAUGCAAUAGCUAGUCGGAUGCACAAAGCACUUGCCCCUAUAAUAAGCACGGUAGAUCUUAAAGAUUACGUGUCGGAAAUUAUCAAACAUCUCACCCACCGAUUGAACGAUCACGUUGAGCUGGGCAAGCUGUUGGACCAGGACCUGCCAAGCUGCUUCGUUGCCGAUCUGUCGCUUAGCAAAGCCACUUACUCGACGGCGCUCGAGCACCUGAAACAGUCGGUAUGGGGAUCGCAAUCGUUCAAGUACACGCUGCUGAGCAAUUUGUGUUUUAAAAACAGCUCACCAAUUGAACGCACCCUAACGGAUGUCAAACGCUGGCUUUGGGCGGCUGAUGAACCGGAGCAGAAAAUGGUACAUCUCUUCCAGUACACGGUGUUUCUCGACCAUCUGAAAGAGUACAUCGGACAGCAGAAGGAACGCGCGUUCAAACCCUAUCUCGUGCGAGAUGUGGUGUAUUUCCUGUGCAACUUGUUGUCCUCCUUUCCCGCCCUACGACUUGCCACGCUCAACAGCUUCGGGCGGUUCCUGGAGCACGUGGUCGCAUCUAGCGAUGCGUGCGAGCUGCUCUCGGAACAUUUGCACUUCAUAGUGUCAUCAUUGCUGGAGGUGGAAAAUGUCGAUCCGGCAUCGGAGAUUUCUCAAAAAUCGCUAACUCUGCUACGGUUUCUGAUCUUACAACACUCUGCCGCGUUUGCGGGUGCGAUCGGUAAGCUGAAUUAUCUACCAAAGGACGAACGAUUCGAUCAGUUGCGGCUUGCUAUAUCGCGCCAAAAAACGAUCGGUCAUGAAAAUGUGCUGCCAAGGGAAGAAAUCGCGGCGCUGAUUGAGUUGCCCAAUUUAAGAUACGAAGAUUUGGCUGCGCUGAAGAUUGUGCUCACCACCAAAAAGAAAGAUCUAAAAUUAUUGUGCGAUGAGCUGAGCGAGCAAAGCGCAUCGUCGGGCGCUAAUGGGGAAAGCGUGCUUCAUCGGUUAGUCUACACUUUGCUGGAAGUUGUGCGCAGCUCCCCGUUCGACAAGCGAUCGAUGGAAGCUCUCCGAUGUUUGAGUGAAAUAGGACCGAUCGAUCUGGGAACAAUGCUGUUAAAAUCCGACGCAGAAAUGAUUGCUUACGAUACGAUCAACAACUCGAAGGAAGCAAUCGAACGAUGUGCUGCGGUGCUGCUGAGCGAAUUGAACGAGCUGAUAACGAACAGAAACGUUCCGGUUGCAAACUACGCCUCACUGAUUUGCUACAAAAUGCUGUACGGAAAAACAUUCCAUGCUUUGGCGGCCAAACUACCAACACUGCACCCAUUUUUGGGAACUUCUGCGGAAGAGAUCAAACUCUUCACUCGUACCACCGGACGCAGUUUGUCGUUGCGGCCAAUGCUUGCCAACGAACGGAUCGAGUACAGCGCUUUUGUGCAGCAGCUGUCAGCCGCGUUGCUGUCAUUUUUGGGAAAUACGAUGAUUAAAAAGCUGGCCGAACAGGAAACGACAUUCGUCGAGAAGCUUGUCCCUUUGCUGGUACAGAUAACGAUAAAGCAAUUCGAAGAGUCAAUCAUCGAUAGCAUGGGCAGCUUUGUAAGUGCUCUUGUUGCACAGUAG